CAGCACAACCACAUUGUGGAAGGCAUUUCCCACUGAUCUCCAGCCUUGUCCUAAAUUUCAGUUGUAUACUGGGAAAUUGUGUCCGUAUUCCCGUGUCAUGGAUUUAAUGAAGGAUGGAAAAGCAUACAGAUCCCAGAAACCACGCAACGUGCGUGGCUAAAAAUGGAGUGUUGAGAUUCGACUACAUUGUGCGCGUGCUGCGCACUUUUUGCAGAUAUUUCAUGAAGCACAUCGGUUUUAACUAAUGGCAAAGAAAAAAUGUGUUGCACAAUACAACGAAGAAUGCUCAAUGCUACGAAAUCGGAGAGGCCAGAUGAAUACAGGGGAGCAGAGCCCUGUUUCAACCCAUCAUGAGUCGACCCAGGAGAAUACGGAGGAUGAUGGACUGUCUGAAGGUGACAGCCAAUCCUUAAAUGGCACAUCGGCACAACAUGACCAGGGCAUUUACUCUCCAAAUAAUGAGGCACAAAGCACAGCUUUCUUUCUGUUGGUGGUGUUGCUCUCUUUUUCCACACGCCUUUACAAAAUCAUGGAACCCCCUCAUGUAUGCUGGGAUGAAACCCACUUUGGGAAAAUGGGGAGUUACUACAUUAACAGAACCUUCUUCUUUGAUGUCCACCCACCACUUGGCAAAAUGCUGAUCGGGCUAGCUGGGUACAUGACUGGCUACGAUGGCACCUACCCUUUCCUUAAACCUGGGGACAAAUAUGAGCACCACAACUACUGGGGGAUGAGAGGGUUCUGUGCAUCUCUGGGCUCCUGUCUGCCCCCCUUUGCCUACCUCACAGUGCUGGAGUUGUCCCAGUCCCCGACAGCUGCCCUCAUCACUGCUGCAGUGCUGGCCUUUGACACUGGCUGCAUAACCAUCUCUCAGUACAUCCUUCUCGACCCCAUUCUCAUGUUCUUUAUAAUGGGAGCAGUGCUCAGCAUGGUCAAGUUUAAUCGACAGAGAUAUAGGCCCUUUAGCGCACGCUGGUGGUUCUGGCUGGUACUGACAGGGGUGAACCUGUCUGGGGCUCUGGGGGUUAAGUUUGUGGGGCUGUUUGUCAUCCUGCUGGUGGGAAUGAACACAGCCUGGGACCUGUGGAGUUUGCUGGGGGAUCUGCACCUCUCUCUGAUUGAUUUUGGGAAGCACGUGUUGUCCAGAGUGUUUGGGCUUAUCCUGCUUCCCCUGUUCCUGUAUGUUACAAUAUUUGCAGUCCACUUUGUUGUCCUGAACAAAAGCGGUCCAGGAGAUGGCUUCUUCAGCUCUGCUUUUCAGUCCCGUUUGAUUGGAAACAACCUACACAAUGCUUCCAUGCCUGAGUACCUGGCAUAUGGCUCUAUCAUCACUGUGAAGAACCUGCGUAUCGCUGGAGGAUACCUCCACUCUCACUGGCAUCUGUACCCAGAGGGUGUCGGAGCAAAGCAGCAGCAGGUCACAGCAUACCUCCAUAAGGACUAUAACAACAUGUGGCUGGUGCAUAGAUCCAAUGACAGUGAUGCACAAUCAGGAGAACCUGACCUUGUUCGUCAUGGUGAUAUUAUUCAAUUGGAGCACAAAGAGACUACCCGUAACCUUCACAGUCACCUCCACGAGGCACCUCUCACUAAAAAACACUUCCAGGUCACAGGCUAUGGCAUCAAUGGAACAGGUGACCCUAAUGACCUGUGGCAGGUGGAGUUGUGUGGGGGUCGGAAGGGCGACCUGGUCAAGGUGUUACGCAGCAAAGUACGCUUCCUGCACCGAGCAACUGGCUGUGUGCUCUACUCCUCUGGCAAGACUCUCCCCAAAUGGGGCUGGGAACAGGUGGAGAUUACAUGUAGCCCAUAUCUGAAGGAGACCCCAAACUCUCAAUGGAAUAUUGAGGAUCAUAUCAAUACCAAAUUGCCCAACAUUAGCCUUUCAGUGCUGAAGCCCCACUUCCUGGAGAUAUUGCUGGAGUCCCACAUCGUUAUGAUCAGGGGUAACAGUGGGUUGAAGCCCAAAGACAAUGAAAUGAACUCUAAACCCUGGCAUUGGCCAAUCAACUACCAGGGAUUGAGGUUCUCUGGAGUGAAUGAGACUGAAUACCGUGUCUACCUAUUAGGGAACCCUGUGAUCUGGUGGCUGAACCUGGUCAGUCUGGGCCUGUAUGUGGUUAUGGUGGCAGUGGCCUCUCUGGCCCUCCGCAGAGGAGUCCAACUGGACAAGAGAAGAAUUGAGCAUUGUCGCGUGCUGAUGGAAGGUGGAGGGCUGCUGCUCCUGGGCUGGUUGCUGCACUACGUACCCUUCUACACCAUGGGCCGCAUCCUCUACUACCACCACUACUUCCCUGCCAUGCUCUUCAGCAGCAUGCUAACAGGGAUUACUUUGGACACCCUGCUGCAGAGUGCUGACCUAUGGCUCCGCCCACCCUAUUCUCACUGGCUGCUCAGAGGAGGACAGGCAAUGCUAUUCCUGGCCAUCCUUGAUAGCUUUUACAUGUUUCACCCUCUGUCCUAUGGUAUGAGAGGGCCGCUGGCCCAUGACCCUGAUAGUACCAUGGCUGGCCUGAAGUGGAUGGACUCCUGGGAGUUUUAGGCAGGUGAACAGUCAGGAAGAGUUCUGACUGACAUAGUGAUGUAUCAGUGGUAUUUUAGCAGACAUGCAGGUGUCUGUUUCUUAUAGACUAUGUGAACUUCAGUAUUUUUCAUAAUGUGCAUAGCUAUGGAUUGUUAAAUAUUUAACAUUAAAGUAUUUUAUAGUCAGUUACGUCCAAAUAUUUCUAAGUGUUUUAAUUCAACAUUGAAAACUGAAUAUUUUAGUGACUUUCUACACUU